AUGAACGCAGAGGCAAGCGCCGACGAAGCUACGGCGAAGUUGGUGUCUCGUCUGGCACAGCGUUCCACGCUGUCGAGCGACGCUAAACCCUUUAUUCCCUCAUUCCUGCAAGCACCAGCAACCACGGCGGAACUGCAACAGACAAACGGGGAGGUAGGAAACGCCGUUGAGUGUAAGCAAGACGAGCUUCUCCGAAAUGGACUGGAAGAGCUUUACCGCAACUCCGACACUUAUGUGCAGCUGCCAUCGGUUGGGAGCCUGGCAACCACGGCAGCCGUCGCUUCCACGGCCCUCCACACAUUCGGGGAUAUGACGGAGGAGCAGUUACAGCAGUUGGAAGAGUAUCUAUGGGAUCCUUCCCAAGAGAACGGGGCGGCCGAGGACGAUGAGCGCGUCUUUGUCAAUGACGAUGAUGGUAUGGACGUGGCAGAAGAAGAGUGGCUUUUAAACCAGAUGCUGGAAGCAGCAGGGGUCACGCAGAACGAAGAGGUCCAUGACAAGAAGACAGGGAAGCCAUGA